AUGCUCGAUUUGUCUCAAGAACCAUACGAACACCUAUCGGUUAUACGUACAUCAACUUUGAAACUGUUCAAUUUUCAAAGCAGAGUUUGGGGAAUAAUAGAAACGAUUUAAAAAAAGGGUACGUUCUCGGUUCGAUAAGUUUGCAAAGUUUGCAACUUGAUUCGUUCAACGUACCUUUUAACUUGGAAACCUUUCAAUAGAAAAAAGAAAGUCGAGGACAAAUUUUUUUUUUUUUUUUUACGAAGACAAAUUUAACGAGUAGAAGAAACAUAAAUAUCGGAAAUAAGGGAUAAGUUUGAAGAAAGGGAAACGUUUCGACAACAGCUCGCGGUCGUUUGAAAUUUGUUCACGUAAUCAUAGAACGAUCAAUCUACGAUCACCGAACCUGUUCUACAGGUUCUCCGCCUUUGACUGGGUCGGGUAUCGUUCGAAUCGUCGUGCUCGAUGUCAACGAUCACAUUCCGGAAUUCACUAGACAGGAGUACAGGGCGACGGUCACCGAAAACUCGGCUUCCGGAACCUGGGUCACGAAACCUCACGCCACGGACAAAGAUGAGGGCCUCAACGCCAAGAUAAGGUACAGUUUAUUGGGUGAAAAUUCGGAACGUUUCACCGUGGAACCGGAGACUGGAGACGUGUUCACGAUGGUGCCGCUGGAUCGGGAACAAACCUCGGUGUAUCAUUUAACUUUGGUCGCUCAAGAUUCGAGUCCUACGGAACCGCAAGCCUCCGCCGUCAAUUUGACCAUCUUCGUGAAGGAUGUGAACGACAAUGCCCCUAGAUUUUCUAGUCCAAGAUACACUGCCUAUGUGCCGGGCGCAACCAAACCAGGGGAUUUCGUGUUCGGCGCGAAAGCGGUGGACGACGACGACGGAGAGAAUUCCCGGAUCGUCUAUCGUCUCCAGGGGAUCGACGCGGAGAGGUUCGCGAUCGAUUCGAACAGCGGCGUGAUAAGAACAACGCAGGAAUUGGCCAAUGACGAAACUACCUACCAAUUGCAAAUCCAGGCAUCCGAUUGCGGCGUUAAGCCGCAAUCGGUCACCGCGGAUUUGGUGAUACAUCUCUGGGAGAGGCAGCUGUUCCCCAGCUUUCGUUCGACCAUCAACACCAGGUUCACGCUGCCGGAGGACGUGCCGGAGGGUCGGGUGAUCACCAAGUUGAGCGCGACCACGCCGAAAGUUGGCACCGCGAGCAAUCUCGUUUACGGGAUGGCUGGCGGUAACGUCGGCGACGCGCUCAAGAUCGAUCCUCACACUGGCGAGGUGUUAGUCGCGUCUGGAUUCGAUUAUGAAACCGCACCGCACUACGAAGCCUGGGUGGAGGUUCGCGAUUCCGACACCCCAGCACUCAGGAGUGUGGUGGAACUGUUCGUGAACGUCACGGACGCGAAUGACAAUGCCCCGAUAAUGGAGGCGCCGAUUUACAACGCCACGGUGCCCGAGGACGAGUAUCCGCCUCUGUUCGUCAGCAAGGUAUCGGCGAAGGAUCGCGAUUACGGAGAGAACGGGCAAGUGUCUUACCAUCUGGUCAACGAUUUCGCCGAGACGUUUAUCAUCAACUCUGAUACCGGGGAAAUUAGCACCAAUGCGAAACUAGACCGCGAAGAGAUCGCUUCCUACGAGUUGAUCGUGGAGGCACGAGAUCAAGGACAGCCCUCCCUCACAGGCACGACGACUGUCUUGCUCACCGUGCUCGACAAAAACGACAAUCCCCCGCAAUUCACUCGACUGUUCAGCGUGAACGUCACGGAGAACGCGGAGAUCGGCACGUUCGUCAUAAGGAUCACGAGCAGCGAUCCGGACAUCGGGCAAAACGCCAACGUCACUUACAGGUUCACGGAAAAUCCCGGACAAAAGUUCGCUAUGGACGCUCUGAGCGGCAACGUCACCGUGGACGGGCAUUUAGACAGGGAAGAACAGGACGAAUAUCUGUUAAAGUUCCUCUGGACAAAUUCCAUUGUCACGCUUUGUCAACAAAUUUAUCUUCUAAACUCUGGAAUCAAAUAUUCCGGAGUUUUAUUCCAUUUUCAAAAUUAA